CAUAGUCAUACCUGAACUGCAUGCUGGCAUUCUGUGCCAGCUUAUUCAGCCUGUACGUUCUGACUGGGAUGGCUGAUGAUGCAGAACUUGCAGCAGGAAGGAGACUGGGCAGCGUUUGUCCUGGAUGUGGGAGAUAGGAAACAGGGCUCUCUCUCUCUCCUCUGGCUGCCCCCUUUAACCCCUGGAUGAUGCUACACUACACACAUCCCCAGGGGAGGUAAGGGGACUGGGUGAGAUUGGUGCCUGCCUGCCUGGGUAAGCUGGGUGUGUGCUAGUGCCGGCUUGGGAGAUGAUGUGCUGGAUCCAUGUGACUGCUCUGACAGUGCCAUGGUGUGGCAGCCAGCAUCAGCUGUAAGCAGAGCAAUGAUAGACAGGAACGGAGACUGGAGACACCCUGCUCCUGCAGGCAGCGGCAGUCAGACUGCGGGGAGAUCUAUGUGAGCAGACACCCAGCUGCACCUGUCUCUGCACGCUCUGCUAAUUAAGUGAUGUGAUGUGGACCUCUCCAUGUUACCACCAUAAAGUAUGUGCCCUGCAGUAUAGCAGCACCCUGGCAAUUGAAGACAGCUCUCAGAAACAGCAAGUGUCUGGUUAUAGGCAAGUUACCAAGACCUUCAUUUUGUGUAAUCCUUAGGAAGAGUAUGGCAGAUGACAAAGAAGUCAGGCAGGACGCUCAGGAGGAAUUGCUGAGCGCUAAGGUUUCAGAAAAGAAAAGAACAGGGAAGUUUAGGCCUCUAAGGAAGUUUUUUGGCAAGAAGAAAAAGAAAAGUUCCUCACUUGGUUUUCAGGAGGGCAAACUAAAACCCAGUCAGUCUAUCGGGAGUGUCUUCAAUAACCCGGCAUCCGCGCUCUCCUCCGAUGAAGAAGCAUGUGAUGAUCUAAGAUUCCUCACCAAUAGCAUGGGAACAAGGGCCUUCUCCCAUGACAGCAUUUUCAUACCAGAUGGGCAAGCAGAAGAUGAGCAGGGGAUUCAGGCAGUAUCCCAGGACUACAUUGUGGGAAAAGUGAAAUCUCUACAGCAACAAUUAGGCAAAAAUAUUCGUUUUGGACAACCACCAGCAGCCAGUGUAAAGAGGAUGCAAGAUUUGGGUGCAAGCACGGAGGAAAUGGAGACACACAGUAGCCCCAAGGAGAUUUUAGAGGACAUUGACAUGGAAAGUGAAGGCAGUAAGAGCACAGAAUCACCAAUUUCCCACAGCCCAAGGAAUGUUUCUGGACAAGAACGCAAAGCAGAUGAGAAGGUCACUCCAGUGAAAUUAACUCGGACAAAAAAGCUGUCUGGGACAAUUGACUCUAUAAACCUGGACGCUGUUCCUCGAUCUGCCCCUCGCUUAGACAACAGUGCUGCUAAACACAAACUUGCUGUCAAGCCAAAAAACCAGAGGAAGAGACACAGGGGAAUGUCCCAGGAAUACAACAGCGUAGAAGUAAAUGAACAUGAGACUGCUAUAAACAUACAGCGAUCUCCUGACAAAACCAUGUACCACCCAAUGGAAAUCUCUACUCAAGAUAUAAUUAUAUCUGACCAUUUUGAACAUAAAGACCUUGAAUUACACAGUUCUGCUACCAUUCAACCUUCAACACCCAGAAGAGAGUGUACAGGAAAGAAAAAUGUGGAAGAGAAACAGCAGGAGACAACUGUUCCCAAACAUGAAGAAGAAAGUAGACAAGUAGAUGAAGAAAGGAAGUUAGAAGCAGAUAAACGGAGGGCUCAAGAGGAACAAAGGAGAAAGGAAAUCAUUAAAAACAUAGAGCUAGAAAGACUACAACAGAAAUUAAGAGAACAGAAGGAAAAUGAAAUGAAGGAACAGCACAGGCGCGAGGAGGAGAGACGACUUCGAGCUGAAGAAAUUUUAAAAGAGUUAGAAGAACAAAGACGGCAGGAUGAGCAGAGACGGCGUGAGGAGCAGAGAAAUCUCCAACUGCAGGAGGAGAAGAAAAGGAAUGAAAUGGAAAAGCAGAAGAAAGCCCUUCAGAUUGCAGAGCAGCAGAAAGCUCUCCAAAUAGCAUAUGAGAAGAAAAGAUGUGACCUGGAGCUUCAGAAACCACUACAGGUAACAGAGGAUCAGAAGAGGGAUAACCUGGAGGAAGAAAAAGCCCUUGAGAUAGCUGAUGAAAAGAAGAUGGAUGAAUUGGUAGAGCAGCCAGUAGAGGAGCUUAAACAGACUACACUGAUAGUGCAAAAUGUUUAUGAAUUAGGAGAGAACAGAACCCAAGAACAUAGCGAAGAUAAAUUGAGAAAUGAGGACAUAAAGAGUACAUGGGGACAGAAGAAGUCAGAGCUGCAGCAGCAAGAAAUUUCACAUAAGGGAGAGCAGGUAAACCAUGUCAGUCAGCAUGCAGUACCAUCAAAGCCUUCCUCUCUAGAUCCAGAAUGCGGUUUCAUAGAGAAAGAUCGACUUGAAGAACAAAUAUUAAAGGAAGAAAUAAAAGAAGACGAAGGAGAACUUAAGCAGAGGCAGCAAAGACAGGAUGACUUACAACAGCAGGAAAGAAUUAAUGAAGAACUGCGGUGGCAAGAACUUGACCAAAGACAAAGGCCAUUUACAUUUAAAGUCACAUCAGGUGAAAAGCAGAUUAUAUUUGAGAAAGUACAUUUAUCUCCAGUUACGCCACUGAAAGAGCCAGCGACGCGUACUGAAACACAGGACCCAAGAGAGAAUAAAGCCAAUAUUAGCUCACAUACGCUUCCAUCCUCUCAGUGCAUACCCCACACAGCAAUUUUAGUUACAGGAGCACAACUCUGUGGUACAGCUGUAAACCUUAGUCAAAUUAAGGACUCCGCUUGUAAGUCUUUGCUCGGCCUGACAGAAGAAAGAAAGCUAGAUAUCAUGGAGACCAGAACGGAAAGAGAAAAAGACAAUACUAAACAUAUCAGCAGUAAAACAAAAUACACGUCAGAAUCAUUGGACAAUGAAUCAGUGCUGGCUGAAUUAGCUUCCAUCAGGUCAAAAAUACUAAGUAAGUCAGAAAAUAUCAGUGUAAGUGAAAGCAUGAGAGGAGGUCCUCGCGUAUCUAGUGAUGAUUGGACGGCCAAGGGCAGAGGCGAGUCCCAUGUCAGCUUACGAAAGACAGUGUCAGCAACUGCUAAAUUCUCUAUUACAACCGCUUGGCAGAAAUUCCCAGAAACCACAAAACCUACAGAAGUUAUCAGUGACACCUCAGUAAAACAAUUAAGUAAGGACAAUAUAGCUACAGUGCUAUCAGACACUGAAACUCAGGACAAGCCUACAGAGAGGACAAUGAGUGUCCAAGACAUUGUGACCAAUAAAAUGAAAAAGCAAGUUACAAUUGAGGAUAAUACAGAAGGCUGGAUAUUUUCCAAAGAUCUUCCAUCCUUCUUGGUCCCUUGCCCACCUCUGUCUCCUCGACGUGGUCAGUUAGACAGACACAGUAUAAUGGAAACAUCAAUGAACAAUAGCACUCGGAAAUCAGAUAAAUUAUUACAAAAUACAGAGGAGAAAACCACUCCAUUUGGAAUAAAACUGAGAAGGACAAAUUACUCCUUGAGGUUUAAUUCGGAAACCCAAAAUGAACAAAAGCGGAAAAAACGUUAUAGUGCUGGUGACAGCUUUGACGGCAUUCCUGCUCCAUUCAUGGCAGCAGAUGAAACAGAACUGAGGACUAGACCCAGGAAGGAACUGUCAGGGUCUCCCAGUAAGAUGAAAAUAGACAGUAGUGUCAAAGUCUUGGUAGACACCUCAACCAAUGCUUCUGAUAAUGUGCAUUGCACAGUAGUUUCCCCACUGAUCCCAAACACCCAUGUAUCAUCACCUAAUAAAGACAGAACAGUCCCCAAGUCACCAAUUAUGCAGAAGCCAUCACUUGCUCCUAAACCAUCCAGCUCAACUCCACCAUCCUCCCCAAUUUCCAGACUGAGUAGAACAAGUGUGACCGACUUACAUGGGCAAAGGAUGGACAUAAAUGAGCUAGAUACAGGAACGGUGGGGCAGGAUAUCAAAGUUAAUUCUGCGUGGUCUUCCCUGCAUCAUGUUGAAAGCCUAGAGCAUGAUAUGAAAGAUAAAACGGGUUUCUCUUCGAUUCCUUUGAGAGAAAAAACGGACAAAAGGCCUGAGAGAAUUGGAAAAGAUAGACCCAUCCUCCAGAGUCGACAUUCCUUAGAUGGUACCAGGCUGGUGGAGAAGGCAGAGUCAGAUCAACCGCUCUGGAUCACAUUGGCCCUACAGAAGCAGAAAGGAUUUCGGGAGCAGCAGGCAUCCAGGGAGGAGAGACGGCAAGCCAGGGAGGCCAAACAAGCAGACAAAUUGGCAAAGGAAAAUGCAUGUGGUGUCCAGGCGGGAGAAUACCGGAGCAGAUCUGGCUCACUACAGAAACUAGUCCCCCAGGAAGAGAAGAAAGGUGACUCGGUGGUGACCAGACUACAGCGCAGGGAACAGCUGCAGAAAUCCAAUACUCUUCCAACAUCAAUCACAGUGGAAAUUACAGAGACUGUACCAGUGAAUCUGGCAAAGGAUCUUCCAAAGAGAUUCUCUACUCCAGAUGCCACAUCUGUCUCCUCAGAACCAGCAUGGCUGGCGUUAGCAAAGAGGAAAUCGAAAGCCUGGAGCGACUGUCCACAAAUUAUUAAGUAGAUGUCUUAUACUAGAUAGUUAGAACCUAGUUAGUCCUUAACUCUUCUCUGUGUUCCACUAUAUGGUUGUUACGAUAGGCGUACUGUAUACAGUGAUAACAUUUAUUUGUCCGAGGGCUUAUAAAAGAAGCAUUAGUAUAAUCAUAUCUGUUAGUUUGGUCAAAUGUGAACAAGCAACAUUACUUUCCUUGAGGCAUUUGCAGAGACUGAAGUUACGGAACUUCUAGAGCAAGUUGUGAGGAAAGGCAACUUCAAUAGGGCUACGGCUUAAAAUGAUCUUCAGACAGUUGCUUACCAAUUAUUAAUGCCUCUGCAACCACCUACAGAUCACACGGUGCCCCAGGCACAACCGAUGGAUGUGUACAGUCUCCAGGUACUUAUCCAGCUUGCUGUAAUGAUGUAUCACAGGGAUAGGAAAAAUGACACAAGUUAGAUGUAUUCUUUGAGGAAUGGUGGGCGUCAUAACAUGCACAAGAUUAUGUCUUCUCUGGACCACUAUGGCCAACACAGUUUUGCACUUUUUCUUUUAAACCUGUUGAUGUUAUGCACAUUAUAUUAUUAUGUGCCUCUAAUGCAGUGCGAUUAACGCUGGGAUUAACGACAUGGUCUCUGGUAAUGUUGAAACCCCUAAGGAUUUCGGAAAAUAUUACAGGGAGACUUGGCCAGUGAACCUUACCCCAUGACAAACGUCAUUGAAAUUAUAAUCAUCAUCAUCUUAUAGUUAAUGCUGAUCUGGCAAUAAUAACAUUACAGUCCUUGUAACUGGCCUGCAGCCAGGAAUGGUUCAGUACUAGAACUGUGUCCAUAGAGCCCGAGGCUGUAAAGCAGAUGUUACCUCAAAACAGUUUUCAGCAAAGAUAAUCAGAUUGUCUGAGGUGAUACUGCCACCAUAUUGUGCUCAGAGUCUAGUUUAUGUUAAAGAGUUCUGGUAAUGGAUGGGUUAGUAUAUGGGCCGGAUGUAAUGAAGUCCGAGUUGGCCGGAGGUGCGAUUUCCCAGCCAAACUCGGACGUUUUAUAAAGAGGCAAUCAUUUACAAGGCAUGGUCUAUAAGGCCUCUGUACUGUAGCUUCCAUACAGCAAAUCAGAUACAUGGCAGCUACUCAUAUUUUCUUGUAUUUUUUAUUUUUAUUUCUACUUUAUAUGCACAGAAAGGAAAGGACUCUGUAACAUGUCUGGGGAUUUAGUAUAUGUGAUAAGUGAGCAGAAAGGUAUAAUAUAAAUAACUUAUUAGCUACAUGAAGCUUCCUAUGAAAUUUAGAAAAUGAGUGUAGGUGAGCCUUUUGUCUGAGGAAAGAAAAGCUGCUUGGUGCAGUCACAUGGCAGAGUGACCUUUACCCUCUCAGGACAUGGCCCAUGACGGAGUGACUAGACUGUUAAUACUUAAUAUUAGUUUGGGAAAACAUUGUUCUGUAGGGUGACUAAGAGGAGGUGGGGUGACUUUACAUUUCUCAGAAGCAUUUGCUAUAUGUGACAUGCGCAAUUGUAAAUAUGAAUCCAGUCAGUCAGGGAAAUGUGUAAGCCUGCACGUUCCUGACUCUGUGGGGUUUGUCAGAUUAGGAAGAAACGUGCCAGGGCUUGAGUUUCAUUUCGGUCAGUUGUUACUAGUUCGUUACUAACUAUAGUAGGUUAUAUUUUCAUAGUUGGAAAAUAAACAAUUAGUUCUAAAUUGAAGACCAAAUAAUAAAACUGUGUGUGCCAGCUUUGUCAUAUAGGGCAGCAUUCAGAGGUGUAGUUGCAUGUGCAGCUUUGAGUUUGCUUGCAGGGGAAAAUAUGCUAAAUGCUCAGCCAUCGUCUUGUGCACAGAGACGCCCACUGCCGGCGUCUCACAUCCGCCUCUUGCUUACAGAAGCAAGAGCAUCCGACGCAACUCAAUGCUGUCUCAGACUGAGUGGCUCUCCUAAGGCACCGGUGCCUAUCCAGCUGUGAAUGAAUUAGCAGUGGUUUACUAUGGCAUGCCCAUAUAAUGGUACUGACAUGCCUGCAUUUUCUAGCCACACCGUUUCCUCCCCCCAAACUCUGACCACUUGUCACUCACUGUGCGAAUGAUUCCUCUGUGUAUGCGCUAUUGCUAAUCAAUCACAGCGCAUGUACAGUGUGGCUUUGGAGCAAAACAAUUACUCCACUGCCUUGGACACUGCAUGAAACUCUGGUUCAAGCUCAUAGUCAGGACUUACAGACCUGGUCAUAUGUGCAAUAAUUCAUACCGCCCCAAGUAAUGGCAUAGCCACCUUUUUCCUCAGGACAUGUCCAUAAACGUUAUAUUCUAAGAUGAUCAUCCCCCUUUUGGAGGCUCUAUGGAAUAUUGAACACCCGACAGUAAAUGAUAAGCAAGUUGUAAGUCAUGGAGGAGCUUUGUGAAUAUAAUGGGGAUUACGUAGGCCGGCCAUAAUUAUCAUCAUCAAGGUGCAUCCUUGGUGGCAUAUAUACACGGAAGCACAACUCUGGGUAGCCUGUGAUUCAGUCAUCACGCACUCCCUGAACAUAUCACCUGUGAGAACGCCCCAUUAUGCCUACUGAAUCCCGGGUGGAAAGGAGUACAACUGUGCAUGACCCUGACUGCACACUGUACGGCUGGUCCCAGAGCAGGCACAGGUAUUGCACAGUGCAAUAACUCCCAUGACACUCUCCACAAAGGUACUUGUAUUUAAUUCAGCAUCAAGCCCCUUGUGUAUAAGGAAAUGUGCAGCUGAUGAGCCACACUGCGGCCAUUUUGAGUUAAUGGAGUUUUGCAGCAGAGCAGACUGUCUGGCAGAGGUGGAAAGUUCCUGUGAUACAAUCUCAGAGUUCCGUUUUUGCUGCACAGCUAACUCCAUGACAUUCUGAAACUGUGAAAUGUGCACUAUAUAAAUAGAGCUGGGACUUAGGGCCUGAGUUACUAUGGAUCACUAUUGAGGCUGAAAUAGCAAUUUUCACAAACAUGCUAAAAAUCACAUGUGAAGAGCCGCCCAGAAAGUAUAAAAGAUGCCCACUGUUCGCAUAUCUGCAUAUGCAUUAGCAAAGUCGCAAUACAUACACAAAAAACGAGCACAAUCCACAUUUGCGGCUGACCCAUGCCUACUCAAAUCAAUGUGAAUGCAGUUGCCCCAGGAGCCAUGUUUAUCAACACAGCAUUCGCAGAUGACAUCAGAUACACACCUCGAAAACGGCAGUAACACGCCUGCGUUUUCCCUACCACUCACCACAAAUGGCAUGUAACCACCCAUGAACGGUAACCUUCCUGUCAAUGAAAUUGCGUUCUCUUUAUAAUUAGGCUGCAUACACAGAGGGAUCACAUUUUGACCUUCGCACACGCGCAAUGCGUUUGCAGCGCAUGCACAGUCUGCCGAUAAUCACUCACUGCGUGCAUUCUCACAUUAGCAAAUGAUACUGCUGUGUGGCACAUGACUGGGAACCCUUAAAGCUAUAUUCACCCAGCAACAUGUACAAAAUGUCACUGGGCCGCGUAUAGCUCGCUUUAAUUCUGUACACUGUAGAUGACCAUUCAUACAUUAGAGAGGAAAAGGCUACAUGCAUACUAACCACAUGCCAGUGACAAAUCAUUCAGCCACUGGCCAGAGAGGCAGCACACUGCGACCCUUCAUUUCUACACCUGUUCCAAAAAUGAUUCUGACCAUUUAUUUAGACAUUAGAAAACCCAAAGGGAGAGAUCUAGGAGUACGUAUGAGAUGUCAUCUUUUAAAUACAUCUCGCUCUACUGACAUAAGUACAGUAGACAAAUAAUUACUGUACAACUUGGUUAUACCAGGUAAUUACAUGGCUGAAGCGUUUUCUCUAUUUUGUGUACUCUAAUAAAUAUUGAUAUCUAAUUCAACACCCAAUGUCCUUGGUUAAAAGCACAAAGAGAAUAAAUACUUUAUAUCUGACUAAAGGCGCAUACACACUGAGCGAUUUUCCCUGUGCCCAGCGAUGUUCACGGGGAGUGAACCAUUUUCCACAGUGGGAGACUGUGGAAAGUGCUUCAAUCGGCUGUGGACAGCGGCGGCUGGCGAUAAUGCGGGAGCGCGCAUCAGCGCUCAUCGCCAGACCAUACACACUCGCUGAGUUUGAGCUCAAAAUGCCAAACAUGAGAUACUUUCAGCUCAAAAUCGGCUAGUGUGUAUGGGCUUUUAGAAUAAUUAAUAUUGUACCUACGUUUAGUCUUUAGAAUACGUGUGGACUGUUAUUUAUUUUUUCUUCAACGCAUUUGAACUUUUUUUUUUUAAAUGAAACCGUCUUUGAUCAGUGUUUACGUUUCAUUAAUAGCAAAAUGAUUUAAUCAAAAGUCUGUAUGUUUGUGUGUUUAGUAAGUGUAAUGAUGUCUAGUGUAUUCUAGAUUGUCACCAUACCAGAAACAUAAUUUCAGAAAUAGUUAUUAAUAAAGGGAUAUACUGUAUAGGAAUCGUACUGUAGGGCUGUGGCAGAACUUUGGGGCAGAAAUGUAAUUUUAACAAAUAGCUAAAUAUUAUUACACUUUAAGGCCUAGGAAAGAAUUAUGCAAGGCAAGAAGCAUGCUGGUACUUGUAGUUCAACAAUAGUACAUUGUAGCUCUCAACUCUUAAGUCUUCGGUGCCCAACUUAACAUGAUUAAAGGUAGGACAUUUCUUCGCCAAAUAGGUUAAAUAACCUGGCUAUAAUACUGCACAUUUACCUGCCAAGUUACCAAUUAGAAGUAGGUACACAUUUGACUAUGCCCCGGUCUGCCUUAACAAUUCAGUGAUCCAACCUAAAUCCCCUUUGGCCAUUGACUCAAUAGGCAGGCCAUUCUCUCUUUGUUGGCUGAAAAAUGGGGUUUGCCAAAUGAAAGAUGGGUCUACUACGUAUCAUAAGACCUGAUUGGUGUAGUUGAGAUAGCAUGGUCUCAUGCAUAAAUAACAUGGUAUUAUUCUUCUUCCCUAAGCUUCCCCAGGCUACAAGCUGGUAUGACACAAAAUAAAGAGAGGCUUAUUAAUAACAUCUGUAUGUUUUAGUGUAAUAAGAAACUGGAUUUUGUUUGGCAUCAAUUUAACCACUUAACUGACUGUUUUUUUUUUUGUCAAAACUGUGCAGAAAUGAUAAUUGUUUAAUUUAAUAAAGUUUUUUUUUUUUAAAAGAUAUAUAUAAAUAUUUUAUUUAAAAAAAAAUAUAUAUAUACCCAAGGGGUGUUUUGCACACCACCCCCUAACCCUGUGUCCAUAGGCCCCAUUACAAUUAUACUUCCUAUCGCCAUCAGAAAUAUUUCCCCUAGUGGCAUAAGAUCCCCUGAAUUAUCAACCCCCACACCCCCUGGUGAUAACAGAUCCCCCGGCAGAGCUCCCACUCUCACGCAGAGUGUCAAUGGGGCCCAGUUAAGUACCCCCCCCCCCCCCCCCCACCACACACACGCACACACACACCUCCCCAUGUGUCUCUAUACAAUUCAUUUCUAGAUAUAUUAAUAUAUCCCACCAAAAAAAGGGAUAAAAUGUUUUUCUGGGACAGCGUAACCUGCCUAUUGCCGAAUUUCACUCCCCAUUUACAUCCCCUCCCCCACUUUAUUGCAGACAAUGGAGCGUGGGGCAGGGAGGACUGCUGCAGCGGAUCUCUACACACGCAGUAUAUUCGUUCCCCUCCUCGCAUUGUUAGUUCUAGUGCAUGUGCCCCGGUAUCCCGCUCGCAAGGCAUUGUGGGAAGGGGGGGAUUUUGGGAGUGAUGUCGGUGGUAACGGAUCUCAACGUCACUCCCGAGGUGCCGCCGCAGCAGCAGCAGGAGGAAAUCCAAGUUCAGAACGGAUUUCUUCCACAACAGAUGGCGGUAUCAGCACGGAGUGCCAGACAUAUGGAAGGCAACCUGGUGUAUACGUUAGUAGCAGGCAAGGGGUCAAUAAGAAAUAACUGUUGGCAGGAAUCUGACGCUUGCCCUAUUUAUCAGGCAGUGAUUUACACAUUUUCUUAUUAUGUUAUACAAACCACUGGCAGUAUACUAUAUACAAAUAUUAACAAAAUAAAAUGUAAGAUGUAGAAUGUUCAGUAUGUAUAUAUGUUGUGACACUGAAUCGUUUAGUCUAUAAAUUUUAAUGGCCAUUUGUAACAAAGCCUAUUAUAGUCUUUCUAAAUGACCAACACGAUAAUUCUUGCCGCUUUUGACAUUCAAAUUGUGGACAUGAGAAAGUCAACAUGAACCUAAUGUCAACAUGUUUAACAUUUCACCAUUCAGCAUAUGUAGACUGCUGAAAUGUCAUCAAAACAGUCGUCUUCACGGUGCUGCGAUCACUUCCUCCAUUCAUCUACAGCUAUUCCGGGUACAGUGGUGUCAGGUGAUCCGAUCUGUUAUCCUCUAUCCUGUACCCUCCCCCGCAGACUAACACUAAUGUCUGCAUUUCACAUGAUGUCAUUGUGAACAAAUCGAGAUCAUAACGGUUGAGAUGGUGACUGCAUCUGCUUUGCCUAUAUGUUUAUAAAAGGUGUAUUUGUCUAAAGUUAACAAUAACCUAUUGCACUAGCAAAUCGGUCAGUACUAGCAUCAUGCAACCUACAGUAUGGCCGUUCUGCUGCGUAGACAUAGAACUCUAAGCAACAUGGCUAAUGGCAGAUGCUGAACCCAAAUGGCAUUUGCAGGUCCAACAUAAAUCUGAUAAGAAAGUCCCAAUCAAGGACUCACACACAUAUUUAAGUAACACAAGUCUGAGCCUAUUUGGUGGAGAUUCUAUGAUAUCAGAGGGAAAUAGUCAUUCUUGUACCAAACAUGCUUUAGGUAGCACUUUGUUUGGGGUCCAUUGUAGACCUCACUAGUAACCUUUAAUGGGCAGUACAAGCCUUGCUGGGAUUUGUGCUUCCAGAACAGCUGUAUUGCCGACAUUUCCCCAUCAACCCAAAGGCUAUGUUGCAAUUUAAAGUAGAAUAAUCAAAUAAAAAAAUGUCAAUUAACAACUUUUAUAAUCAUUUUUAUUUACACAAUUUAUGUGGUUAUUUGGGUUUAAAAGAAAAUAGACAUGGUUCAGACGUGCUAGGAUGACAUCAUCAACAAUAGGUUUAUUACCAUCACAGAAAUGGGCAAAUUCAAGCCAUUUGUAUGAUUUUACCACGCCAAUCAGGAAAAGAUAGGGCUGGCUCAGAGACAUUUCUCUUACUAGAACAAGACCUAGCACCAAGUAGGCGUUCUAACCCUAGAUCAAUCUUGCACUGGUUUCUAUAGCUUUUGGGCGAAUGCUACUUGUAAUUAUGCUAGAACAUUUAAUAUAAACUAUUUUUAAGUAAAUAUAUAUUUUGUUGGUAUCCUUAACCAUACCUCCCAACAUGACCCUCUCCAGGAGGGACAGAAUGCUCUACUCCUGGACUUCCCUCUUAAUUUAUGAUUGCCCUCACCUGUGUUGAAGCACCUUUCUUAUCCAUCAACCUGUUCAUAACAGGUGCUGGCAAUCAUAGAUUAAGAGAGAAGUCCAGAAGCAGAGCAUUGUGUCCCUCCUGGAGAGGGUCAUGUUGGGAGGUAUGCCUUAACUGAAACCAGGGUAUCGCUUGGAUAUGCACAAUGUUGUUAAGUAUAUGCAAAAAAAAUAAAGUUUCUCUUUUCUCUAUUACAAUACCCCCAGACAGCUUGAGAAAGGUCCAUAGGCUAUUUGCAACCCAUCUUUCAACAUAAGGGGACAGUUGCUUAGCAACAAAAGUGCAAAUCUGCAGUAACUAAAGCAACCAGAAAACUGUUUUUUUUCCAUCUUUCACUGGAAUAAGAAGAGUGAAUUGCUGAUUGGUUGUGACAGUUGACUGCAUUUUCUUUACUUUUUGUGAAUGGGGGAUUCAAUUCAGUGUGAUGUGCUGUACGGCAACACUGCAAUGUUAGGUCGCACACAUUACAAUCUAUUACGGAAGGCAAACUACGAUAACUCUUCUAUGCACCUCUAUGGGUUGUAUGGGAAUAUCAUUAAACUUACUGGUCACAAAGACUGGGGCAGAUGUAUUUACCCGGAGAAGGCAUAAGGAAGUGAUAAAC